CUGUUUUUAGAUUGUGUCUGCCCUGUGGACCCAGUGGCUGACGCUGCAGUAAGCUUUAAUGGUUUCACCAAUGUAGUACGUGCGGGAACCUCUGGAGGUAACUGCUUGUACACAGCCAAUUGUGCUUGUACUGCAGCAUCAGCAAACUGCAUUAGGUUCUUCACUGGACCUGCUGGUACUGGUACCCAACUUGGAACUUUUCCUGCUACAGCCGCCACUAUUAUACAGUUUGCUUGUGCAGAUAAUCCGACAAUGCCUUUCACUGUUACAUUCGUUAACAACGGCGUAACACAAACUAUAGCCGGGUUUUUAUCAGCAACAUGUACUCCCUAA